AGGAGCUUUCUGGAGUGUGGUGAAGGACCUUUCUGGAGUGUGGUGAAGGACCUUUCUGGAGUGUGGUGAAGGACCUUUCCGGAGAAGAGUGAAGGACCUUUCCGGAGAAGAGUGAAGGACCUUUCCGGAGUGUGGUGAAGGACCUUUCCGGAGUGUGGUGAAGGACCUUUCCGGAGCGUGGUGAAGGACCUUUCCGGAGCGUGGUGAAGGAGCUUUCCGGAGCGUGGUGAAGGAACUUUCUGGAGCGUGGCAAAGGAACUUUCUGGAGCGUGGUGAACGAGCUUUCUGGAGUGUGGUGAAGGAGCUUUCUGGAGAAGAGUGAAGGAGCCUUCUGGUACUGGUGAGGGAGCUUGGUGCUGCAGUUGUGCCUAGGUGUAAUCUGCUCCCUACUGCCUUCUCUGCUGCGGGCACUCUGGUGUGCUCUUGGACAGUGGCUUCCACUCUCUGAGCCUCAGUUUCCUUGCCUGAGAUUGAUAGCUCUGCCUCUUAGGGCUGCUGGGAGGACGGACUCAGCACACAGGGACGCGGGGGCUGGCUCAUUCCUCUGGGGUAUCGGUGCCUGUGCUCUGCCAGCCACUGUCUCGGGUGCUCUGUGGGACACUCUGGACUGUGAGACCCCCCCGCUUCCCUGGAGCACACUGCCUAUGACAUGUGCAUAAGAAAAUGCUUCCAAAGUCACCAAGGUAGACACAGCUGGAAGCCUGAUGUCUCAGCCUUUCCCCGUCACGGGCAUGAGUGUCCUUCACUCCUCAGUCUUCCCAUGUCUGCAGGACAUGCCUGGUAGGAUAGCCCCCACCCCUGGGGGUCCUCGGCACUGCUCCUUCUGGGCCCACUCCUGGGGCUUCCUGGAAUCUGGCACUCAACACCUGGAGACGAAUGGAGGCCAUGUCACAGCAACACAUUUUCCACAUGAACAGCAUGUGUGGCAUCACACACAGGCACAAAUAGUGACAGCAGUUGUCAAAUCACCCCGGGUUUGUAAAUGAGGCUAGCCUUUUUUUCUUAGUAGCAUAAAAACAACCUUUCGGGCUGCUGGUGGGUUCCGAGGGUUGGGAAUCAGGCAGGGAUGACAGGUGUGGCUUGUGUCUGCUCCAUGUACCUGGGGGCUUGGCUGGAAAAGGCUGGAGUCCUAGGAAGGUUUGUUCACUCCCAGUUACCACAGCUGGUGCUGGCUCUCGGCAGGGAAGAUGGAGCUGCAGCUGGAAUACCUACAGGCGGCUGCCCCGUGUCCUCAAGUCACGGCGCUGCUUCCAAGGUGAGGGUUCCAGAGACAGUUGGUGCCUUCUGCUCCAUGUGAGGGUUCUAGACAGUCAGUGGCUUCUACUCUGUGUGCGGGUCCUGGAGACAGUCGGUGACUUCUCUUCCAUAUGAGGGUUCCGGAGACAAUCAAUGGCUUCUGCGCCGUGUGAGGGUCCCGAAGACAGCUGGUGGCUUCUGCUCUGUUUGAAGGUCCCGGAGACAGCUGGUGGCUUCUGCUCUGUGUGAGGGUCCUAGAGACAGUUGGUGGCUUCUGUUCCACGUGAGGGUCCCAGAGACAGUUGGUGGCUUCUGCUCCAUGUGAGGGUCCUGGACAGUCGGUGCUUCUGCUCCAUAUGAGGGUCCCGGAGACAGUCAGUGGCUUCUGCUCCAUAUGAAGGGCCCAGAGACAGUCAGUGGCUUCUGUUCCAUGCGAGGGUCCCGGAGACAGUCAGUGGUUUCUGCUCCAUAUGAGGGGCCCAGAGACAGUCAGUGGUUUCUGCUCCAUAUGAAGGGCCUGGAGACAGUCAGUGGUUUCUGUUCCAUGUGAGGGUCCUAGAGACAGUUGGUGGCUUCUGCUCCACGUGAGGGUCCCGGAGACAGUUGGUGGCUUCUGCUCCAUGUGAGCGUCCUGGACAGUCGGUGCUUCUGUUCCAUAUGAGGGGCCCAGAGACAGUCAGUGGCUUCUGUUCCAUAUGAGGGGCCCAGAGACAGUCAGUGGCUUCUGCUCCAUAUGAAGGGCCUGGAGACAGUCAGUGGUUUCUGUUCCAUGCGAGGGUCCCGGAGACAGUCGGUGCUUCUGCUCCAUAUGAGGGUCCCGGAGACAGUUGGUGCUUCUGCUCCUUAUGAGGGUCCUGGAGACAGUCGGUGGCUUCUGCUCCAUAUGAAGGGCCUGGAGACAGUCAGUGGUUUCUGUUCCAUGCGAGGGUCCCGGAGACAGUCGGUGCUUCUGCUCCUUAUGAGGGUCCUGGAGACAGUCGGUGGCUUCUGCUCCAUAUGAAGGGCCUGGAGACAGUCAGUGGUUUCUGUUCCAUGCGAGGGUCCCGGAGACAGUUGGUGCUUCUGCUCCAUAUGAGGGUCCCGGAGACAGUUGGUGGCUUCUGCCCUGUGUGAGGGUCCUGGAGACAGUCAGUGGCUUCGGCUCCAUGCGAGGGUCCCGGAGACAGUUGGUGGCUUCUGCUCUGUUUGAAGGUCCCGGAGACAGCUGGUGGCUGCUCUGUGUGAGGGUCCUAGAGACAGUUGGUGGCUUCUGCUCUGUGUGAGGGUCCUGGAGACAGUUGGUGGCUUCUGCUCCACGUGAGGGUCCUGGAGACAGUUGGUGGCUUCGGCUCCAUGCGAGGGUCCCGGAGACAGUUGGUGGCUUCUGCUCUGGGUCCCGGAGACAGUUGGUGGCUUCUGCUCUGUGUGAGGGUCCCGGAGACAGUUGGUGGCUUCUGCUCUGUGUGAGGGUCCCAGAGACAGUUGGUGGCUUUAUGUGUUAGUAGCUCUUGGGCAGGGUCAGAAGCUGGGGCUCCACCGGCGCCUCCUGUGCCUCGCCUUCCUGCUGUUGGCAGAGCUUUCUCUGGACUCCAGCACUUUAAUUCCUACGGAGCACAUCUGAAAGAAAACAGCAAACUCUUGUUUUGAAGCUGGAAGUGCUCAGUCCCCAGCGCUGGGUGUCGAAUUGGUCCUGAGCCUUGAUAGAAGCAGAAGCUGUGGCUGGUGCUUGCUCACUGAAGCUUGGCGACCAUGGGUGUUGGUGCUCCCAUCCACCGCUGCCAGGGCCUGGCGGGCAGGGGUGAGGGUGGGGGCAUUGGCUCUGUUUCCUGGCCCCAUUCAGCCCUGACCUGGAGGUUUGCUCCAGGGUGUGCUUGGAGCCUGCUUCUCCCCUGCCCUGUCCCAGGUUCUUCCUCCUGGUUGGAGGUCUCUGGUUUGCGUGAAGACAGUGGCAUUGAGGGCCACAGGCUUGCUGACCCAGGGGGACUGUCCAGCCUACUCUGAGACAGAGGGAGGAGCCGUCUUUCACAAGGACAUUUUCCGUGGUGGUCUGAUGUGUCCCUGUGUAUUUGGCCAGUUCUCCCUUUGGGGGCAUUAGCUUUGGAGAUCUUGCCCUUGUUCAGUGCUGUAUUGAAAUAUAACUUACACAUCUGUUCUUCUUUCUCGGGGAGGGUUGCUGGGUCACGUGUUUCUGUUCACAGCGAGGUGGCUGGAUCUACCCCGGGCCACAGCCCGUACUUCCUGCCCACAGCCACCUUUUCUUCUACCCCAGGCCACAGCCCGUACUUCCUGCCCACAGCCACCUUUUCUUCCUCCGAUUCUGCUGCUGGUGGGUUGCCUUUCCCAAGCGUGUGCUCCUUUCCGCUGCAAGUGGAAACACAGGCUAAUGACACCGGAAAUGGGUUUGGAGUUGGGCAGACCCGAGGUUGAACCUGGCUCCAUUUGAGUUGCUGUGUCCUGAGAAGUAAACUUCUCUCUGCUCCCGACUUUGCUCAACAGAAUAGAAAUAACAUCUGCUUCACGGAGUGAGAUUAGAUGGAUUGAAGAAUGCAGAGUGCAGGCACAUGAUAGAAAUGGAGUACAUUUUGGUUCUCCUUCCCUUUCUGCACACCUGUCCAUGGUCUGACACUGCUCAGGACCCAGCCUCCCGCCCCGUCUCCGUGCUGCCCAGCUCACCUGCUGCCGCGGCUCGGGCUCUGUGUGCUCUUCCUGUGGGUCUCCCCUUUGCACACUGCUUUCUGGCCUGGGUCUUGGGGAGACAGCCCUGGGCCUCUGCUCUGCUACCUUGUACAUCCCCAGGUGGUUUUUUCUCCUUUGAGAUGGUGUCUCACUCUAUCGCCCAGGCUGGAGUGUGUGGUGCAGUUUUGGCUCACUGAAACCUCCGACUCCCGGGUUCCAGCAGUUCUCCUGCCUCAGCCUUCUCGGAGUAGCUGGGAUUACAGGCUAAUUUUUGUAGUUUUAGUAGAGAUGGGGUUUCACUGUGUUGGCCAGGCUGGUCUCAAACUCCUGACCUCAAGUGAUCCUCUGGUCUUGGUCUUCCAAAGUGCUGGGAUUACAGGGGUGAGCCUCUGCGCCUGGCAGUUUUCCCUUUUCUUUUCUCCCCAUCUUUAAUUGUGGUGCUCGCUGGUAUCUGGUUCUCCUGCACUUCUGCACAUCCUUUGCAGCUAGGGGAAAGGCAUGGCAACUUUUGGCCAGUGUGCCAGGUGUGAACGUCCUGCGUCACUUCUGGGUGCGAGCUCCUUUUGAGUCCUCUUCGUGCCACCACAGGCAACGCAGAGGCAGCAGCUUCCCUCUCAGCGUAGGUCGCAAAAUGAGGAGACAGGAGCGGCCAGGAGGAAUGGCCAGGGCAGGAGAGGGCCCUGGUUGUUUAGAGCCCCAAGGGUGCCUCCGUGUUUGUUGGCACACUGUUACCUGGGGCUCAGGCCAGUGUGCUGUGCUGCUACUGUGGGGAAGGAGGCCAGCCCAGCGUGGCGGUGCUGAGAGGCGCAUCUGCUACAUGGACCUCUUAGAAUGCCUGUGCCCCGCCAGAGCCUCACUGUGGCGGCAGUGGGCACCGAGGGCUGGGGCAGCUGGCCUUCCUGACUCCUCAAAGUGGCAAGGACUGGUACACUUCAUGUAUUCUCCAAAUGAGGACUGCACAAACGGGGACGACUAAAUUGGGUUGGGGGGAUUUAAAGCAGAAUAAAUGAGCGAAAGAAAGCAGAGUUGGCAUUAAGUAAAAGGACAGAUCACUCCUAGGUGUGCAGGCUACUCCGCUGCUCUCCAGCCGACCGGCAUUGUUUAAAAAUAGCAGGAGCCAUCCUCGAAACUGAUGGUUUCCUCCUACUCUGUGCAUUUUGUUUGGGUGGUGAGAGUGGCACAGUCAUUAACAAGGCAGUGAGGCAAGUCAGUGGGAAGCGUGGGGCCUCUGGACCUGCUCCCUGUUCCUGGAGCACGGAGAGCACUAAUGGGCACCUGCCGGGCCCAGCCCUUGCAGUGCCGAGGUUCAGCCAGAACCGCGACAGGCACCGGCCUGGUGCAGACUCUUGAGCACACACUUCAGUGGCUGUUCCCUGGGCAACCGAGUCUCCGCCGCCAGCUGGCUCUGCCCCCAGAGCCUGUCAAAGCAUGCACCCUGCAGGAGCCAGCGCAGCAGCCCGCGCGGCCGUCUGUAGGCACCGAUGUUGGCGCGUUGGAAUUGGGUUUCAAGGUUAAACACAAGGGAGUGUGUGGGAUGACUGACUAGAUGAAGACCCAGAGACCGCAGUCCGGGUGUGUUUAUUAUGCACAGGUGGGAGGGAGCGAACAGGGAAGAAAGGAAAGGAAGCGCGUGGCUCAUUGAAGCCUGCGGGGCUGUUUUUUGUUUGCUCCACACAAAAGGCUGGAAAGACAGAUUUCUUCACUUGGUCUGGGGUGAAAGCAUGUUUGGUCCAGGGCAGCUGCUAGCCAUGUCCACAGAGCUGUCCGUCUUCAGGCCUCUGUGCCAGCUGCAUGGAGGGCAGUGCCCCCGCCAGACGGAGGCCCGGGGCUAGUGGUGGCUGCAGACACCAACCCAGCAGGGAACUGACUUGGCUCUCAGGUUAGCUGGGGUUGUCCUAGAAUUUUCAUAAACUCACUUAUUUGAUCUUUGCAGGGAUUCCCCCUUCACUCGAUGGCGGUGCACUUUUUUGUAGCAUUGAAUAUAAAAUUCUCACUUCCAUGCAUGCGGUGCCCCUUUUAAAGCGUUCUGGUAUUCGAACUUGGUAUUUCCACCUAACUUUCGGUUCCGUUCACGUGAGCCCCUCUAGUGCUUAAAAAGGGUCUCUACCAACCCGAGAAACUUUGGUUUUAGUCUCUCAUUUUUUUAAAAACUACUUUUUGUUUCUGUUUUUUUUUUUCUCUCUGAUCUACCUAUAGUAAUUUGAAAUAAACAUGGUUACAUUUGAAAAGAUGGAAAAUUCAAAUAAUUUAUUUCGAAAUCAAGUUUCAACAUAAAAUUUUAAUUUGGGAUGGUUGGACGGGUUAAAAUAAGCAUAUUCAGGAUUUCACAGUCCAUCUGAUGAAGGUAGAUGCUGUUUUAGCAUCGACCGUCUGAAGGGAGCUGGUGAGGGUCUGCCGAGUCCUUCCGGGCCUACGCUCCCGUGGGUGUGGGUGUUGCUCACGAGCACUGUUGGAUAGUAGUGACUUUUUGGAGCCGCUGACUAAAUUUCUGGAUUUUUGCUGAGCUUUUUCGUCUCAUCACUCCGAUUGCUCUUUCCUGUGUGCCUUUUCCCGUCGUUUUGCUUUGCUUUACCUUUCCGUGAAACAGGUGCAAGUAUUCCUAGGCACCCAAUCCCUGGGUCUGUCUUUUGAGAAGUGGUUGCCAACUAGCCCUUGGUUCUCAGGAAUCAUCCACACUCGCUGAAUUUCUGUGAACAAGUCUCCAGCCUUCCCGGAGGGAGGCCGAGAAGCAGGGUGGGUCCCAGCCGCCGCAGCCAGAGGGCACUUACUUUUGGGCCAAGAAGAAAUCUGACCUCCCUAACUUUCAGGUUGUGAGGGGCUGUUUGCAUCCACUCAGCAGUGUGAGCCAGACCACGAGUACAGAAGACUAGGAAGUGUAGCGCGCAUCCCACCCAGGAAGGGAAGGACAGGGCGCUGUCCCCUGUGAACAUGGGUUUGUGUGGGAUGGGAGUGGGCGUGGUGCUUGGGUUCUCGAGGACCAUGUAGGAGACAGCACCCCAAGCUGGAGGCCAGGGACAGAGGCUGAGACACCAGAAGGAGGGAGAGCAAGGGGAGGAAGAGUGCUAGGCAGCACUAGCUGCACAGGUGGCUCCGGAAAUGACCACAGGAGGAGGCUGUGUUGUGGCAGGGCUCCUCGUGCCCACACCUCUGCCUGGGCGCGCAGCUUCUCAUGACCUGGGGCUGAGAGGAGCUGCCUGUCCUUGAGUGCCCUGGAAGGCACAGCUUUCAGUGUGGCACUAGCUGCGUCCCCCUGGGUGCCACCACCUCUAGGAGCCACAGUGUGGAGGUCAUGUCAGUGACCUCUCAUGGAAGUGAAGGACAGGGCUUCCCCUAAACAAAACAGGCUUGCCGAUAUUAAAAUCAGAGCAGAUGCUUGCAGCUGACGGAGAAAAGGCAAGCUCAUUUGCUCACAGCCGUGAGCCCCUCCUGUCUACAGGUGUGGUCAGGGUUGUGAGCACGUUGGCCAGAGCCGAUAUUCCCCUGGAGCAGGUUAGAUUCAAACUGGGGGAGACAAGCAGGGAGGAGGGGCCAGCCUGCCCAGUGCCACUCACCCACAGCCACCCUGUUUCUCAUCCCAGGGUCAUCCCAGGGUGCAGCUCAUGCGUGAAGGCACCUGGAGGCUGGGCGAGGAGUUAGGAGACUGGGUCCGAGUUCCUCUGUGUGCGGGAGGGAGCGUGGAGCCUCCUUCAGGUUUUGUCCAUGUGUCUGUCACUGUGGGUAACCACCGAGGUGCUUUAUAGCCUGUGAGGCUCUGGACCCCAGUUUAAAGGGGCGACACAGAGUGGUCAGUGUGGAAGGAAGAAUGUUUUGGAAUUAUUGCUGAAUUUCCCCUCUUUUCCCCAGUUAAAGAAUCAGAAAGGCAUAAACCACAAUGCAUCCCUUUCCUCUUUUAAGGUGAUUACAAAAGAAAUGGUGAACCAGAACAGGCUCCAUGGAAGUAAUAUCAAUAGAUAAAAAUGGAAAGAUAAAUAGUGAAAUGUUUCUUUUCUCCCUCCUUACAAAAAGCUACUUGCAAAACUGCAGCUGAUGUACUCCAGGCUGCGCCGUGGUGACUGGUGAGCAGGACGAGGUCCUGUUACAUUCUUUUGCCGGAGAAACGGGUAUAAGUGAGAGGCAUUUGAGUCCAGUGAGUUGUACGGUGUGUGACGUAACGCACCUCAGCUUCCCAGGUUGUGUCUGACAUCACGUCCCAGCGUCGGUUCCCCUCACAGCCCUGCGCAUUGGGUCAGCAGAGCCCGACCCUCGUGCCUGGGCGUUCACCGUCCACACCCUCUUUAAACUCGCUUCUGUCGAGUGUCUGACUUCUUUCCUGGGCUGCAUAGUAUAUGCAUUUAUUUCCAUCUCAUUGAAUAUUUUAGAAAUCCCUAGAAGAGAGGCGUUGGUAUCUGUCUGCAUUUUGCAGUUGAGACUGAGGCUUAGGGACCGUAGGGCCACCUUGCACCAGGUCCCAGCUGGCAGGCCACAGGCGUGGAUUCGGACCUUGCCUGGUGUGCUAUGUGGCCCUGCACCCCUGUAUCCUGCGCUACCUCGCUGGGCUCAAGGUGACAGACUAUUCCCGCCUCUUCCUAGUAUUUACGGACACAUAUGUUUUUACAGAUAAAUUAUGUCGAUUGAAUAUUUUUAUAAGAGGGCAUUUUUGAUACUCCAGUCCGGGAAAAAAUAUUGCAAACCUAAAUACAUCAGUCAGAAAAUCAUUAUAUUCCCGAGAAUGAAGGGAUGAAGAUUUUUUGGAGUGAGGGUGUUAAUUAAUCUCUGACAUGGCCGGUUGCCAGACUAGGUGUGUAAUGUCAGUUUAAACCCGCCUCCUAAGGUGUGCUAUGCGCACAGCUGCUUUAGCGAAUGCUGGCGAAUCCACAUUUUCCUGUUAGUGAGAACAUGGAUGUCGGGUCACUGUCUAGAAAGUAGUUUGAUGUCAAGCAGGCGUCACUGUUUUCUUCUAGAGGUAUUUUUAAAAAUGGCUUGAUGUACUCAGAGCACAGGUGAACUCACUCAUCAACCAAGAUUUCUGCUGUCUGGCAGACUGGUUCUGUUGGCCGGAGGUGAGGCUGAUGGGCUGGUGGGAGAUUGGACAGUGUCCCUCAUGACCCCUUCCAUGCAUAAGGCAGCCACUGUGGGGCCACUCAUGAGGGUGCCAGUUAUGGGGGUGUUGGAGAAGACAUGGCUUUCCGUCUGCCUGAUCUUCUGGGUGUGUCUGAAUCCUGUAUGUAGGUGGGUUUUGGAGGUGGGCAGACCUUGCUGAUGGUCUGGGGGCCCUGAAGCAGACUCAGUUGGAGGGGAAGACCCCUCCCCUUAAAGAAAUGGCCUCUGGUAGAGCAGGCGAGGCCAGGCUGACCUCAGGGGUCGGAAGUCAUGAGGAAGGAACAGGGUGAGCUGGGCCUGGAUGCCCCCGAUCUGCUCCUGCCAGGAAGCCAUGUGGGACUGGGGAGGACGGGGCUUGGAUUAAGGAGAGAUGGUGCCCUGGGCAGAGCGGGUCUGCAUGGAGGGAGCUCUGCAUUCUCUCAGAGAGCUGGCAGGCCACAGGGUAAAGACAGGUUCUUCUGGCUCCUGCAGAGAAGUGGUAGCUUAGAGGAGGUUCCUGUCUGGUCAGCGUGGGGCCCAUGGUCCAAGGGCAGUGUGUGUUGACAGUGGCACAGCCACAGCCUGUGUGUGGUAUGGAUGGCAGCUGCCGAUGGGGCAGGAUGGGGGGAUGCAUAUGGCCUCUGCUUGCGUCUCCCCCUCCUCUCCUUUCCAUCGCAGCCUCCCCUGGGCCUCUAGGGCCUGCACCUCUUACCUGGAGUCCCCACAGACAGACAGCGAGCCUGGGGAAUAGCAGUGGGGUCAGGUGAAGUUCAACCACAGGUGGUACACUCCUGCUCUUCCCAGGGAUGAUUCGGGAGGGCAGUUCCCUGAUAGGCAGGCCUGGGAGCAGAGGGUGGGCUGGGGCCUGGAACGGGUCACUGGUGCAGCCCUGGCUUGCUUGUGCCCCCUCAUCCAAGAACGGCUGGCAAACCACAGGGACGGGCCAAGGAAGCACAGCUUGCCUAGUGCCACCCGAGGGCUCGAGUCCACCGUGAAACAUGCUUUCUCAUUUAUCUCACUGCCAUCCUCCCCGCAGCCUGAGGGAUGCGCAGAUGAGGCAGCAGCUUUCAGGGCUGAGGUGCAGCCGACCACAGGCAGCACCCAGCAGGGACCCUGCUCAUGCCCCUGGCUCCUCGCAGCAGCAGUGGGCGUUACUCAGCCUACUCAGGUGGGCCACUGAAUUAACGAGAACAGGAACCAGAUGAACAGCGGGGGGAGUAGUUCCCACGGCCUGGGGCUGUGACCAGGAUAAGUGAGUUCCUAUUUGUAAAGCACGUAGGUGAAGAAGUCAGUCAGGGGGAGAUUGGUGUUUGCAGAAUGAUCUCGUCACUCAUCACCUGGUAAGGUUUCGAAGCUGCUCGUCUUUGAUAUGGGGUCCAGGCAUUUCGGUGGACCUGAGUAUCCCUCAUGUAAUCGCCCUACUUACCUAAGUGAUUUCCAGAAAUGUCAUCUGCAGUUUCCAGCUUUAGUUUCAAUGCACUGAAUGGUGAACAGAGACGCGUGGCGCCAUGUGAGUGGAUCUCUGUGGUAUCCCCCGCAACAUUGGACUUUGUUUUGCCUGCAUCUAAGUGGGCAGGGUUUCUUAAUAACUUGUUUUUGCUGAGACUCUAGCCCAGUCAACUUAGUUUUCCUGGUACCUUCUCUUUCUUUUACUUUUUUAAUUAGACUAUUGGGUUACACAGUACCCGUAACUGGCAGACGGGUUUGCUCCCUGGUGACUCCUCUCAUGGUUUAAGGGAUUACUCAAAAUAUAAAGUGUCAAUUUAGACAUUUCAGUAAAUUGUCAAUGUAGGUGUUUGCAUUUUAACCUAACUGUAUGGAUGCUAUUAUUUUUCAUAUUGCUCAUGCUCAGAGUUGUGUUCCUUGCUCAAACAACCAGAACUUAGACAAAACUACUGACUCAGCGCACGUCCACUGAAAAUGUUAUCUGCUGAUGAGUGACAUCUGUAGAUCUAGAGGAAACCUUUCUAGAGCAUCCUAGCACAGUUCUGCAGAUGCGGAGGAGCAGCCAUAUUUAUCCUUUUUCAAAACCAGCUAAUAUGGAGGUAGUGGACAGUGGGCCGGCCACAGUCUGAGACCAAGUGGUACAUGGGCCACUGUGCUCCCAAACCAGCAGGAAGACGCCAGCUUCGUGUGGUGCCCAUGGCCCAAGGGUGCUGGGUGCAGCAGGAAAAGAACAUGGUGGCUGGACUCCUGACCAUGUUAGAAGAGCAGUCUUGCAGAAAGACCGAAGCUAUACUAGAUAUGGUCUACCUCUUACAUGUUGUAAGAAAAAAUUAUUUUUAAAAGCAGUAUUUUGCAUGAAAGGAGAUUUCAGAUAAAAGUAUUUAUUCAAGGUAGGCCCCCACAUCAUCCCAUCUCUGUAGAUGAAUAUUUAUGCAUCAGGAUAGCUAAUUAUGUUGCCAGUAAAUCGCCAAAGAAUAAUUUUUAGAAGUCUUUGGUACAGCGUUUGUAACAGCGAGGAAGUAAACAAUCCACUUUAGAUUGAUUUUUGCCCUAAAUGGGCGCGGUGACUCAAGCCAGCACUUUGGGAGGCCAAGAUGGGUGGAUCACAAGGUCAAGAGAUCGAGACCAGCCUGGUCAACAUGGUGAAACCCUGUCUCUACUAAAGAUACAAAAUAUUAGCUGGGCAUGGUGGCGCGUGCCUGUAAUCCCAGCUACUCGGGAGGCUGAGGCAGAAGAAUUGCCUGAACCCAGGAGGCGGAGGUUGCGGUGAGCCGAGAUCGCGCCAUUGCACUCCAGCCUGGGUAACAAGAGCGACACUCCGUCUCAAAAAAAAAAUAAAUAAAUAAAUAAAAAUUGAGUACACGUAUCUUGAAGGUUUACACAUGUUCCUAUGACAUUGCAUGGUUCCUUCACUUUAGUGGGGUCCUUUCAUUGUGUACCCUAUUGUUUUGUAAAUUUUUCUAACACAUAUUUGCUUAAGGUCAUUAGUACAUUGGCUGCAAUGGAAUAGAAGAAUAAAUCGACUUUGAGUCUGAAGCCGUGAGUUCUAUUUUUGCUCUGCCAUUAGCGGUUGUGGGACCUGAAGCAAGUUAUCCAGCUGUCACGGGAGCAAUUUUCUCCUGUGACCUCCAUAAUAAUCUUCUUGAGUCUGUCAUCUUUGGCAGCUGGAUUAUUAUUAGUGGUGUUUGCAUUAUAGGAUUUCAGCACGUCUUCCAUCCCAUCUUUUCACAUUUAGCCCUGUGUUUGCCGCCUCUCACAGGGAAUGUCAUCGUGAAGAUGCAGUUUUUCCCUAAUCUUUCAUUCUCUCUUGGUAGUUUUAGACAUUCUGAUAUUGAUGUGGAGUCACUUUUCCAUAAAAGAGGGGACAUCGGGCCGAGCACGGUGGCUCAAGCCUGUAAUCCCAGCUACUCGGGAGGCUGAGGCAGGAGAAUUGCCUGAACCCAGGAGGCGGAGGUUGCAGUGAGCUGAGAUCGUGCCAUUGCACUCCAGCCUGGGUAACAAGAGUGAAAUUCCGUCUCAAAAAAAAAAAAAAAAAGUGGGGACAUCAGUUCAAAAUAAAAUAUGAUUGUUUAAUAGUAAUCCUUUGAAAUAUAUGAAGAUUUUAACCGUCUCUUGUAUGGGUUAAUUUUUAUCUUGCAUUUAUAUUUGAGAAAAAUGUUGUGUUUGAUUCUUUUAUAACUUUCCUAUUUCUUUUUCUACCUGGCUCUAUCAGUUAUUGAAAGAUUUAAAGUCUCCCACUGUGAUAUUGGAUUCCUCUAUUUUUAUUUUUUCUGUCAGUUUUUGCUUUCUAUGUUUUGGUGUAAUUUUAUUAAGGGCAUAUACGUUGAUAAUUCUUUUGUUUUUCUGGUGAACUGAACCUGUGUAUUAUUCAGUAGUGACCCUUGCUCCCUUUGCUCCCAUCUAUUUUGGCAGAUAUUAAUAUGGCUGAAUCAGCUUUCCUUUGUUGCUUAGCGUAGCGUUCUCUGUUCUCUGCCUUUCUGUGUCAUUGUUUUAGGGCUAUCUCUUGUAAACAGUGUUUUGCUGAUUUCUAAAACAUUUAGUGUAACAGUCUCCAGCUGCUGUUCAUUAUAGUUACCGUGACUACUGAUUUACUCGUGAUAAUUUCUGUCAUUUUACGCUUUUUUGUUUUUGUUUUUGGUACUAAUUUCUUUCAUCUUACUUUAUGCUGCUUUGGAGAGUUUUGGUCCUUUCCUGUUCUUUUGAGUGAAUUGUGAAUCUUGCUUGUGCUUCAUUUCUCCCCCUCUAUUAUUUUAGAAGUUUUAUGUUCAUUUUCUACUCUUCAUAUUUAUCAUGAAAUCUGAAAUUAAUUAUUCAGUGUUUUUCUAUUCAAACAAUCUGAAAACCUAAGAACCUUUUAUGUCUAUUUUAAUCCCCCUUUGCUAUUUUCUUGGCCAGUAUUUUAGUUUUACUUUUCGGUAGUUUUAUUAAUCUCAAAAGUAAAUAUUACUGUUAUCAUUAGUGUCACACGUAUUUAGAUGUUUUCUAGUUUUGCAAUUUAUUGCAAAACUUUUUUCUUAGAACCUUGAAUUUGAGACCUUUCUUCUGGGAUCACUCUAUUUCUCAAGUGUGUCCUUAGAAGUUCCCUUAGUGAGGCUUUUGGAGGUAAAUUCUCAUGGUUUAUAAAACAAUUUUCAUGUAUACCCCAAGUAGGGGUCUCAUGGCUCGAUUUGCCUCAACGUGCCUUUAGCUUUGAGUAUGUAGCCGGCUGGACAGUUCUUACACGACGUUUUCUUCUGUCAUUUUCUUGUGUGCUGUCUCUGCAGUCCACUGCUGCUCUUGGGAAGCCAGCUGCCUAACUGUUCCUAGCACUGGAAGCUUGAAGCUUCUGUCUUUGUCUCUGGCGUUCUGCAUUUUUGCUACAGUGCGUCAGGAAUGGUUGUAUUUUAGAUUAAGCUACUUGGAGAUUGCUUCCCGAGUCAGAGUCGUUUAUUGACGUUGUGUCUGCUGUUUUCUGUUUCUCCUGUGCACCCCGCUUAGGGGUGCAGCAGAUGAUCCCAGCCUUUCUCCCACACUCCCUUGCCACACUCUCUCUGCUGGGUCAUGCAUACUGUCUUCACAUCUUUGUUCCAAAUCAUUAAUUCUCAGCAGUUAUUUCUAAUCUGCUGUUAAAUUGCCCACCAAGACUUCUAUUUCAACAGUCAUAACUUCUAGACACUUUUGUUUUAAGAAGAUUCCUGGUAAAUUGUGAUAGUCUUUUGUCACCUGCUCAUAAUCCAGCUUUUAUUCCUUGGAACAUUGUGAUUCUAGUGUCAGAAGUUGUUGGAAUGCUAAUUCACUCUGUUCUCUUGGCCUGCCCUCAUUCAGGCCACUGUCUUCAUGGCUUGUCCUGUGUCACAGGCUCCUAUCAGGCUGCUGUAGGUUGCUGGGGCCUCCAAGAGGCUGGCCUGUGGGUACAGUCCUUCACUGACAAUUCUCAUUUGUUUUUGGAAAAUGUCCAGGGUGGCCAAAAACCCAGAACUUCUUUAAGUUAAAAGGCUUAAGAUUUCCUGGACCCCACCAGUAAGUUCAAACCCAAACUUUUGUAAAGAUCAAUGCAGUUUUCAGGUUCUCAGGGUAGACUCUAUUUUUUACAAGAGCCAUCGCUAAGAUAAACAAGUGGGUUUUUUUUUUUUUUGACAUUUUUCUAUGCAUGCCAGCUGGAGAAUAAUGUUUUCUAGCUCUUUCUUGUAAUGAGGAUGUGGGUUUUAAGGAGCCUCGGUUUUUGCAGGGUUCCUAGUAUCCCCCUCCUUACCUUUUGUGGGUCAAAAUCUCACUCUCCUGUUCUCUGUGUGACCUUUAUUUCCUAGCAGAGGCCAAGCUUGAAAGGGUAACCAGGGUUUAGCAUUCUGUUUUCAACAACAGCUUCAUUAUGUGCUCUCAGUCAUGUUCUUCACUUCCCUGGAAGCAUAGCUGUGCGUUUAAAUAUAUAUCUCAGUAUUCUAGAGAGGCAUGGUUUAUGUGUGCGUGUGUGUGUGUGUGUGCGUGCGUGUGUGUGCGCGCGUUCAGAAUUAGCUGUAUUGCUAGAAUCCAAAGUCCUGGAAUGGACUGGUACAUGAAAGAGAAGGUUAAUAAAGAUACUGUAAGGUAAAAUCAUCUCAAAUGCUUAUUCCAUCCCUGGGCUUUACAUGAAAACAUCAAACUGCCUGGUAGCUCCUGACAUCUCAAAAGUGGCACCAUCCAAACUGGUGUCUGAAUUACUCAUGUCCGUGGAUGGUAUCGCCACUGGUGUAGAUUCUAGGAGUGCUUGUCAGUCGGGGUCACAAGCCGCUCUAGACACAGGCACACCUCACCUCACUGCAUGCUGCUCUAUUGUGCUUCUCAGACAUUGUGACUUUUGCAAACUGAAGGUUUGUGGCAACCCCAUGUUCAUCAAGUCUGUGGGCCCCAUUUUUCAAUGACAUGAGCUGGCUUUCGACACCACGUCCCACUGUGUGGUGCGUUUUGGUGAUCGCACAUUAUUUCAGGUUUUUCAUCAUUAUUGUAUCUGUUCCGGUGAUCCGUGGUCAGUGGUCUUUGGUGUUCCUAUUGUAAUUGUUCUGGGCUCCACAAACUGUGCCCAUGUGAGAUGGCAACAUGAGUCCAUAAAUGUCUGGGUUUUGAAUGCGCCAUCAACCUGCAGUGUCCCGUCUUUCUCCCUUUGCUCAAGCCUCCCUAUUCCCUGAGGACAACAAUAUUGAAAUUAGGCCAAUUAAUAACCCUAUAAUGUCCUCUAAGUGUUGAAGUGAAAGGAACAUCUCUCACUUUAAAUCAAAAGCUAGAAAUGAUCAAGCUUAGUGAGGAAGGCAUUUCAAGAGCUGAAGCAGGCCGGAAGCCAAGCUUUAUACAGCAGUUGGCCAGGUUGUGAAUGCAAAGGGAAGGUUCUUGAAGAAAUUAAAAGUGCUACUCCAUUGAGCACAUAAAUGGUAAGAAAGCAAAACAGCCUUAUUGCUGAUAAUGGAGAACGUUUUAGUGGUCUGGAGAGAAGAUCCAAAUCAUGCACAACAUUCUUUUAAGCCACAGCCUAAUCCAGAGCAAGACCCUAACUCUCUGUAUUCCGUGAAGGCUGAGAGGAGUGAGAAGGCUGCAGAAGGAAAGUUCGGAGCUAGCAGAGAUUGGUUCAUGAGGUUGAAGGAAAGAAGUCACCUCUGUAGCCUAAGAGAACAAGGUGAAGCAGCCAGUGCCGACGGAGAAGCUGCAGCAAGUUCUCCAGAGGACCCAGCUGACAUCACGGAUGAAGGUGGAACACCUCAGAACACAACAGAUAUUCAGUGUCCUUGAAAUAGCCUUAUGUUUGAAGACUGUAAGCCUUCCAGGACUUUCACAGGCAAAGAGAAGUCAAAGCCUGGCUUUAGCGCUUCAGAGGAUAGGCUGACUCUCUCAUUAGGGGCUGAUGGAGUUGUUGACUUCUGAGCUGAAGCCAAUGCUCAUUGAGCAUUCUGCAAAACCUAGGCCUCUUCAGAAUGAUGCUGAAUCUACUCUGCCUAGUGUCUAUAAAUGGAGCAACAAAGCCUGGUUGACAGAACAUCCAUUUAGAACAUGGCUUAGCGAAUAUUUUAAGCCCCCUGUUGAGACCUACUGCUCAGAGACAGAUUCUUUUGAAAAUCACUGCCCAUUGGCAAUGCACCUAGUCAUCCAAGAGCUCUGAAGGGGAUGUACCAAGGAGACAGAUGUUGUUUUCAUGCCCGCUAGCACAACAUACGUUUUGCAGCCCAUGGAUCAAGGAGUAAUUUCAACUUUCAAGUCGUAUUAUGUAAGAAACACAUUUCUAAAGGCUGUUGUCGCCACUAAUAGUGAUUUCUCUGAUGGGUCUGGACAUAGUAAAUUGAAAACGUGGAAAGGAUUCAUCAUUCUAGAUGCCAUUAAGAACAUCUGUGACUCACUGGAGGAGGUCAAAAUAUUUAUUGACAUUAAUAGGAGUUUGGGGGAAGUUGAUUCUGACCCUUGCGGAUGACUUUGAGGGGUUCAAGACGUCCAUGGAAAAACUGACUGCAAAUAUGGUGGAAAUAGCAAGAGAAUGAUAAUUAGAAGUGGAGCCUGAAGCUGGUACUGAAUUGCUGCAAUCUCAUGAUCAAUCUUGAAUGGAUGAGGAGUUGCUUCUUAAGGAUGAGCAAAGGAAGUGGUUUCUUGAGAUGGAAUCUACUCCUGGUGAAGUUGCUGUGAGCACUGUUGAAAUGAUAGCAGAGGAUUUAGAAUAUUACAUAACUCAGCUAAUAAAGCAGUGUUAGGGUUUGAAAGGACUGACUCCAAUUUUGAAAGAAGUUCUGUGCAUAAAGUGCUAUCAGACAGCGUCGCGUGCUAGAGAAGUCUUUCACGGAAGGAGUCCAUAGAUGUGGAAAACUUCAUUGCUGUCUGAUAAACUGCCACCUCCACUCCAUCCUCCAGUAGCUGCCACCCUGGUCAGUCAGCUGCCAUCAACAUCACGGCAAAACCCUCCAUCAGCAAAAGGAUGACCACUCCCUAAAGGCUCAGGUGACUGUUAGGAUUCUUUAGCAAUAAAGUAUUUUGAAAUUAAGGUAUUCCCCGUAGCUUUUUAGACGUUUUUGGACACUUACUUGACUGAAUACUAGUGUCAGCAUAACUUUUACAUGCACCGGGAAAACAAAAAAUUCACGUGACUCUCUUUUUGACAUCUUAAUGUUAUCGUGGUGGCCUGGAACCAAAGCUGCGGUAAGUGUGUUUCAGAAACAGAGAGAGAGGGAGGGCCAUCCAGGGAGGAAACACACAUCUUCCUAUGUUUCAGAGAGAGGGAGGGCCAUCCAGGGAGGAAACACACAUCUUCCUGUGUUUCAGAGAGAGGGAGGGCCAUCCAGGGAGGAAACACACAUCUUCCUAUUUUUCAGAGAGAGGGAGGGCCAUCCAGGGAGGAAACACACGUCUUCCUGUGUUUCAGAGAGAGGGAGGGCCAUCCAGGGAGGAAACACACGUCUUCCUGUGUUUCAGAGAGAGGGAGGGCCAUCCAGGGAGGAAACACACGUCUUCCUGUGUUUCAGAGAGAGGGAGGGCCAUCCAGGGAGGAAACACACGUCUUCCUGUGUUUCAGAGAGAGGGAGGGCCAUCCAGGGAGGAGACACACGUCUUCCUGUGUUUCAGAGAGAGGGAGGGCCAUCCAGGGAGGAAACACACGUCUUCCUGUGUUUCAGAGAGAGGGAGGGCCAUCCAGGGAGGAAACACACAUCUUCCUAUUUUUCAGAGAGAGGGAGGGCCAUCCAGGGAGGAAACACACAUCUUCCUAUUUUUCAGAGAGAGGGAGGGCCAUCCAGGGAGGAAACACACGUCUUCCUGUGUUUCAGAGAGAGGGAGGGCCAUCCAGGGAGGAAACACACGUCUUCCUGUGUUUCAGAGAGAGGGAGGGCCAUCCAGGGAGGAGACACACGUCUUCCUGUGUUUCAGAGAGAGGGAGGGCCAUCCAGGGAGGAGACACACGUCUUCCUGUGUUUCAGAGAGAGGGAGGGCCAUCCAGGGAGGAGACACACGUCUUCCUGUGUUUCAGAGAGAGGGAGGGCCAUCCAGGGAGGAGACACACGUCUUCCUGUGUUUCAGAGAGAGGGAGGGCCAUCCAGGGAGGAGACACACGUCUUCCUGUGUUUCAGAGAGAGGGAGGGCCAUCCAGGGAGGAGACACACGUCUUCCUGUGUUUCAGAGAGAGGGAGGGCCAUCCAGGGAAGAAACACACAUCUUAGUUACCGUGGGAGGCAGUGACCACCCCCACUUGUAGAUGCGAAAGGAAAAGGUAAUGAACCUGGAGCUUGGAGGAGGUGCCCGCAGAGCACACACUGGCACAUGCCGACACACACCAGGCCCACUGGGGGAGCACUGGCAUCCGCAGAGCAGGUCUUCUGAGAGCCUGUUUGGAACUGAGACCCUGCAGUGAGCCUCUGAGUGGGCACAGAUGGGCCUGCACUCUCAGCCUGAGCCCCGACAUCCCCUCCUUGUUUUGCCUCUGCCCCGUGCUUUCCAAGUCCUGGUUAUAAGGGCAAAAUUGAGGCUACUGUCCUUAAAUCAAUAAAGAUCCAUAUCUCUGCCCAUCUGGUCCACGUGGACAUCCGAGUGGCCUGCUCAAAGUCUUGCCUCCUCGUAGGAUUUCUCCUUACCACUUGUUGUCACAGACACUUCUUCAUGGGGCACUUCCCGUUGGCUGCAGUGCAUGAGGCGGCACUGUGUGCAAGCCGACACCUGCGCUCCCCAGCCGAGGGCCAGUGCUUCUCUUCAUUCGCGGUGCUGGGGAGCUUCCUAGGAGAACAGAGGCAGUGCAGGGGCGCCAAGGGCAGAGGGAGCUGCCGCCCCUAGUUGCACCAACUGCCUGUGCCUCAGGACCUGCUUGAAUACAAUUUUGUUUGGAAGAUUUCCAUGCAAUGAGAGAGUGCUGAUUAUAGAGUGUGCCUGCGCUGAUGGCUUGAGGAUCAGACCACACAAACUUUGUGAUGUGCAGCACUCAGAGUACCACAUCCCCAUGUGAUGGAGUGGGUGGGAAAGCCAGGGACUGUGUCUGGAUGGGAGAAGUGAUGUGUAGAAGGGACAACUGCUUGGCUCCCACACCUCGGCGACUGGCCUGUGAUUCCCCCAUGAGCCUCUCAGAGGCCCUAUACAGAGUGCUUGUUUCCCCCGACACUUUGGGUACCAGCGGCCAUGCUGGUCCUCACAGCCUGCCAUGUAAUGUAGCCUCCGUGUCCCCACAGCCUCCCGUGCGAUGUAGGCUCCGUGUCCCCAUAGCCUGCCAUGCAACGUAGGCUCCGUGUCCCCACAGCCUGCUGUGUGACAUAGGCUCCAUGUCUUCACAGCUUGCCUUGUGACGUAGGCUCCGUGUCUUCACAGCUUGCCUUGUGACGUAGGCUUCGUGUCUUCACAGCUUGCCUUGUGACGUAGGCUCCGUGUCCCCACAGCUUGCCUUGUGACGUAGGCUCCGUGUCCCCACAGCUUGCCUUGUGACGUAGGCUCCGUGUCCCCACCGCCUGCCUUGUGACGUAGGCUCCGUGUCCCCACAGCCUGCCUUGUGACGUAGGCUCCGUGUCCCCACAGCCUGCCUUGUGACGUAGGCUCCGUGUCUUCACAGCUUGCCUUGUGACGUAGGCUCCGUGUCCCCACAGCCUGCCUUGUGACGUAGGCUCCGUGUCUUCACAGCCUGCCUUGUGACGUAGGCGCCGUGUCUUCACAGCUUGCCUUGUGACGUUGGCUCCGUGUCCCCACAGCUUGCCUUGUGAUGUAGGCUCCGUGUCCCACAGCUUGCCUUGUGACGUAGGCUCCAUGUCCCCACAGCUUGCCUUGUGACGUAGGCUCCGUGUCCCACAGCUUGCCUUGUGACGUAGGCUCUGUGUCCCACAGCUUGCCUUGUGACGUAGGCUCCGUGUCCCCACCGCCUGCUAUGUGACGUAGGCUCCGUGUCCCCACCGCCUGCUAUGUGACGUAGGCUCCGUGUCCCCACAGCCUGCCUUGUGACGUAGGCUCCGUGUCCCCACCGCCUGCUAUGUGACGUAGGCUCCGUGUCCCCACCGCCUGCUAUGUGACGUAGGCUCCGUGUCCCCACCGCCUGCUAUGUGACGUAGGCUCCGUGUCUUCACAGCCUGCCUUGUGACGUAGGCUCCGUGUCUUCACAGCCUGCCUUGUGACGUAGGCUCUGUAUCUUCACAGCCUGCCUUGUGACGUAGGCUCCGUGUCCCCACAGCCUGCCUUGUGACGUAGGCUCCGUGUCUUCACAGCCUGCCUUGUGACGUAGGCUCCGUGUCUUCACAGCUUGCCUUGUGACGUAGGCUCCGUGUCCCCACAGCUUGCCUUGUGACGUAGGCUCCGUGUCCCCACCGCCUGCUGUGUGACGUAGGCUCCGUGUCCCCACCGCCUGCUGUGUGACGUAGGCUCCGUGUCCCCACCGCCUGCUGUGUGACGUAGGCUCUGUGUCCCCACAGCUUACCUUGUGACGUAGGCUCCGUGUCCCCACCGCCUGCUGUGUGACGUAGGCUCCGUGUCCCCACCACCUGCUGUGUGACGUAGGCUCCGUGUCCCCACAGCUUGCCUUGUGACGUAGGCUCCGUGUCCCCACCGCCUGCUGUGUGACGUAGGCUCCGUGUCCCCACAGCUUGCCUUGUGACGUAGGCUCCGUGUCCCCACCACCUGCUGUGUGACGUAGGCUCCGUGUCCCCACCGCCUGCUGUGUGACGUAGGCUCCGUGUCCUAUGUCUCUUUAAAAAUGCAGAACCACUCUUAGCUCACGGGCUGCAGGCCAGAUGUGGCCGAUGGGCACAGCAUGUUGGCCCUAGGCCUGAGUCUUGAUGGAGGUCUGCAGCAUGAACGUGUACUGCUGGCCUUGCCAGGUGACAGUGCAUGGCUUCUGGUGGCCCUUCAGAUUGGCGAUGUGAGACCAAAUUGCUGGAUCAGUUUUCAGAUUGGAAGCCGGGGCCUGCAUGGGUGUAUAGAUGUGCCAUGUGACAGCAGCAUUUCUGAAGUAACUGCAGUGGGGGUUGCCCACCUGAUGAAGGUGAUGGUCAGGUACUGCCAUUCUCCAAGGACCUGCUGCUACCACCCAGGCCAAACAGCUGGGUUCAGUGGGGAAUGGCAGAAGGCAGCAUCCAGCCUCCUUCACAGCCUCAAUAGCAUGCCUAGCUCUCCAUCCCACCAACAUCGCAGUGUUGCUUUCGGUUGACUUUUGAUCCGUGAGGGAACGUCCCGGGCUUCCAUCUGGUCCUUGCUGUCCUGCCAGUGCCAGGUUUGUCUGUUCCAACACACAUACAGGGACUGGAGAAAUGAGCCCAGGUUGGAUACCCUGACCCCACUGUGCCCUCUGAGGUGGACCUGGGUCACAGCUUCUGGGUCCUGCUUGGCCAUAGACCCUGUGAUGUGUUGGGCCCAGCAGGAUUGGCAUUGAUUCAGGGUCUGGGUAGUUCCCUCUCCCCAUGGUCAUCUGUCCUAUAAAAUAGCCGUGUGUCCUUCUCCAGGGGGACCUGGGUUCCCCUAAACCGAGGAGCUGUAGGCCUGUGAGCUGGCUUCGCUGAAGAGCUGAGGGAGACCGCGCCUCUGCACUGUGGUCAUCGGGCCAGCUUUCUGUCUCCACCCGGAGCCCUUCUGGCACGUGGAGCGGGGGCUGAGCAGCCUGCCUGUCUUGUUCUCUCUUGGCCUCUGCUGCAGCUCCAUCUGGGCUAGACUACUCUGACUGGCAUCUCAUGCCUGUGCCCACUUUGUCUCUGAAGCUCACGGCCCGUGAGCCCCUGACACCCCCACUUCUCAGCACCCCCUUCCUGUUGGGGCAGCUGCCUCUUACAAUGCCAGCACCACCUCCUGCUGUCUCCUGGCCGGCAGAGCUUGUCAGAGGUGUCCCUCACCAGUGCCUGAGGAUACGAGACCUGGUGUCAUCCUUGUCUUGCUCAUCGGCCUUGCUGCUGUCUGCAGUCAGUCUCUGCCCCCUGCACACCCAGGCCAUGGGAUCUGUGCAUGGUGCCGUCCCUAAGGCAUUAAAAGGCCAGCGAGGCAGCAUCUUCAGGCAUCCUGGUGUCUACCCUGAAGAAUGCCUGCAUCAGGUGAGCACUCAGUGAGGCUGUCUUUGUCCUCAUCCAUCUUGCUCAGCUUGUGCCAGACUCAGAUGGCUGCAGGCUCCAAAAAUAGCCCCAUCUUAAUGUGCUGUUGAUGCAGCCCUGGAAUCAGCUGGGGAUCAGAUUAUGUCUCCCGGGCAGGGCAUUGUUCGCCCUUUAGCCAGGCUGACUGGAGCUACUAUUCAUGCUCACAAAGGCUCUAAUCCCCUUUGAGUUCCUGUAAGCCUUUUGCCUGGUAACCCCUUCCAGCGGGCAGCAUACCCGUGGCUGCAGUUGGCUUCGAAAGUCUUAAUCUCGUUCAUCUGAGGCAUGGCAAGCUGAAAUGAUUAGGACGUUCAUUGUGAUAUGGAAGCAGCCUGGAUGUCCAUCCGUAGAAGAACAGAUAAAGAAACAUGGUGCAAAUGGAGCACUGCUCAACCCUAAGAAAGAAGGACAUUCUGCCGUUCGCAGCAGCAUGGAUGAACCUAGAGGUCUUCAGUGAAACAAGCCAGGCACAGAAAGUCAGAUACCACACAAUCUCACAUGCAGACUAAAAAAGCUGAAGUCACAGAAGCAAAGUAGAAAGUGGUAGCAGAGGCUGGCUGGGAGGGCAGAUGGGGAAAAGGGAGAUCCUUUGGUGAAAGGAUACAAAGUUUCAGUUAGGUGGAGGAGUGCCUUCAAGAGGUCUAUGGGAUGCCUUUGUGACUGCAGUUAGUAACAAUGUGUCAUGGUAACUGAAAUUAGAAGCAAUGUAUCAUCCUUGAAACUUGUUAAGAGAGUAGAUUUCAAGUGUCUUCACAACAAAAAAUG